GAAUUCCAAUUCAAUUCAAUUCAAUGGAGCACAAUAUGCACGUGAAUGCACCGCCUCUGCAUCACUGGGGCUAUGGCGCCGCUGCUGCCGCCAUGCCUGCCACGCCCCAAGGUCACUGGGUGCCGCCGCCCCAGAGCCACAGUCACCAGAGCCUGCAGAGCCAUCAUAGCCUUCAGAGUCACCAGAGCCACCAUUCGCAUAACAGUCUGAAGCGCGCGCUCUCCGAGAGCGACUGCGACGAGCUCUACUCGGAGGAAUCUUCCAAAGAACAAAUCUCACCUGGUGAAGGUGGAAGCUGUCAGCUGAUGAGCCGCAAGAAGCGUCGCGGCGUCAUUGAAAAGAAGCGCAGAGAUCGCAUCAAUUCAUCGCUGACCGAGCUGAAGCGUCUGGUUCCCUCCGCCUACGAGAAGCAGGGCUCAGCCAAGCUGGAGAAGGCCGAGAUACUGCAGCUAACUGUGGAGCACUUGAAGAACUUGCAAUCGAAAACUCUCGACUCGCUCAGCUACGAUCCGCAGCGCGUGGCCAUGGACUAUCACACCAUUGGGUUCAGGGAAUGCGCCGCCGAGGUGGCACGCUACCUGGUCACCAUCGAGGGCAUGGAUAUACAGGAUCCACUGCGGCUUCGCCUGAUGUCGCACCUGCAGUACUUUGCCCAGCAGCGCGAGAUCUCUGGCGUGGCCGCCUAUCAGCCCAAUUGUGCGGCCACGCCCUAUCAGACAGCCUAUGCAACGGCUGCCGUUGCGCCCUCCGCCAGCUCCUCGUAUGUGCCCAGCACUGGGGGCUAUAUGGGCGCCUCGCCGCAUCAUGUCAGCCGCUCCAGCGUUGCGACCACAGCGAGUGGUGCACCUGUCAGCGAGAGCCACUCGGCAGAGGCAACCGCACAGCAACAGCAGCAACAACCACAACAACAACAGCAGCAGCAGCAACAGCAGCAGCAGCAACAACAACAACAGCAGCAACAACAACAACAUUAUACACAGGAGCAUAGCGCACAUGCCGAGCAGCCGCAACAGGUGCCACAGUCGGUGCAACAGGUGCAACAGGGGCAGCAGGUGCCCACCUACAUUGAGCUGACGAACAGCCAUCGCAACGAGCUGCCGCCCAGCGAGACUCUCAGCUACAGUGCCACGCCCCAAUAUCCAGUUGCUGGCAGCCAGGAUUACAAUGCGAGCGCCCUCCAAUAUGCCGCAGCCAAUGGAGCUAAGCCCUAUAGACCCUGGGGCGCUGAAAUGGCCUACUAAACCACGAAUG